AUGAGUGUGCCGGAUAACCUUCUCAACGUCACUGGGAUCCGGCCUGUCAGCCGGAAAACACUCAGAAAGGCGUCCAAAGUAUUGCAACGUGAAGAUUAUGAUGCUACUUUGCCAACAACUCAAGAAGCCAGAGAUAUUGUAAAAACAAUGAGAACAGAAAUCGAAGCAAAGGAAGCACAGUUAAAUAAACUCAGAGAAAUGUUAGCCAGAUCAGAUGAAACAGAUAUUACUCAAGCCCAAGCUGAAUUAAAUCGACUUCAGGCCGCAUUUGCAAAAGUUGCACAAGAAUGCGAAAAUAAAUUGAGACCUGUUCAGGAUUCAUACAAUAAAGAACUUUCAAUUUUAGAAGGAAAGAAACAAUUUUGCAAUUCUUACGGUGAUUCUGCUAACGAACGUAAGACUUAUUUAGAAAAGCUCAAACAAAAGACUGGUACAACAGUUUUCAAUCUUACAGAUCCAAAAGUUACAGUUGUAACAGAAAAACCUCUUUUACCACCAAUUAAUACUUUAACUCAACUACAAACAGAUGUUGGUGUUCUUAAGCGCACACUUACAUUAGAGAAAUACUCCCAUGGCGAAAUGUCAAAACUCAAUGAGGCUCUCAAAAGAUUAUUAAAAGCAGCCCAAGAAGAAGAGAAAAUGGCUAACAUGAACUACAACUCAGCUAAACAGGAUAUUGAUGUGAGAUUAAAAGCUCCUAAAACACAAUUAAUCGAUGAUGAAUGGAUUGAUGCUAAAAAACAACUUGAUCUUAAUCAGUUCUUAUUAAAUGAAGCUAACACAGCAUUAUCUCGCAUCAACGAUGAAGCCAAGAAGAUUGAAGUUCAAAACAGACAAAUUGUAGAAGAUUCUAGAAAACUUCGUGAAGAAUUAAUCAUAUUAAACAGAUAUAUGCCGAAUUCAGAUGGAAAUGGAUCCGGAAAUAGAGCAGAACUUACAAAAGAUCAAAUUGAUAUUGAUGCAGAUAAAGCAAGAAUAGAGGCUUUGAAUGCCAAAAUAAAGACACAAAAAGGUCGUCUAAAACCACUUAAGAAUAAGCUUGAAGAACUUCCUCCAAAGAUCCAAAGCGAGCAAAAGAAGCUUGAAUCUCUUCAAGCCAAAAAUCAACAAGUAGAACAAGACUUAGCAACAAUACAGACCAAGAGGUCAGAACUAAUGUCUGAGAAGAUGUUUGGAGAAGACCAAUACACAACAAUGCUAGAAAGAGUUGACGAACAAUCAAAGAGACUUGCAGAAAUUACAAAACGUACUGAAAUUGCAGAGGAGACACUGAGAAAGCAGAUGAUUAUCAUGAAACUUAAUGAUGAAAUGAAUAACUUGAAGACAAUGGACUUCAACAGAUUUACAAGUGUUGUUUCGAACUUGUUGACAAUCCAAAAAGAAAUCGAAGAGUAA